UCGAUGAUAACACACCUCUUCUCAAGAGGAAAUCUGAUCCGGUGCAAGGUAUCCAUUUAUUGCAGUCUUUUCUUUUUCAUAUAAUUUCCACAUUACUUUUUAACCCUGAUACUUGUUCUUACAGGGUCUCCAUCAUCUAGUCAGUCUAUCGAGAACGCAGAUGAAGAACCACUUGCUGCGUUGAUCAAAAGAAAAUGUCUCAACCCUUCAACUACAUCAGCCUCCUCUUCUAUGGCCACUAUCAAUUCUGUGGAGGCUUCGGGUUCUCAGAUCAAUCUCACCCAACCUGAAGACAAUUCAAACGGAUCUUUAAACGAUUUGGUACCACCAAUCUUAGCAACUUCAGACCUUGGGACAACUGCCAGUACUCAACCCAUCGAUAGCCACAUCACACUUGGUUCCCCUGUCCACUUUACUGAAGUCAGUCCUUCUAGUUCAACUUUAUCCCUGGCCACUGCUCUUAUCCCAGUACAGAGUGCUGCCGUUCCUUCGACACAACCUUCUUCGAGCCAUUCACUUCCUUAUGCCGAGGAAAGAAAUUCUCCACAAUCUCUCUUGAAAACUAGGCGCAUGCUAGACGAGGCUUCUCACAUACUGGGUUUCACUUCAAAUGUAGCUUCCCCAAGGCAGAUGGCCAUUGAAAAGGUCAGAGAUAAACUAUUGCGACUUCUAGACCUUUCUAGUGGGGGUUUUCCUAUGCUUCUGUGCAAUCAGACAGCUUUUGAUCGACUGAAAUUUCUGCUCGAUGAGCUGUGUAGUGCUAAACCUAGUGAAAUAUUGCCUCCUGAGUUGAAGGCUAAACUUGAUGAUUUCUCAAAGGCUUUUGUCAGCAGGAUAGAGUCUUAUCAACAUAAUUAUGACCUAAUUAUAUCUUUAACUCUUUCUGAUCAACCUUAUCCUGAGAAUAAUCAAGUCAUAAACGAGCUCAGUCAUACUGUAAAGGAAAGGAAAACUAACCUUCACGCCUUGGUCGAAGAAAUAUCUGGACUCGAUGAGGAAGAAAUUCUUCUUGAGAAGCAGAAAGUGGAGAUUGAACAAAAGCUGGCCUUUUUUCGAGAUACUCGAAAAUUCAAACACACACAGAGGCUUCAACUGGAGAUGGACUUUGACAAAGAUAUUACCAUUCUCAAAGAACUUAAGCAGACUGAGCAUCAACGUCGACUGGCAGCCGAAGCUGAAAAUCGACGUACCAAAAACAAAUGUAUAACUGAGAAUGGUCAAUUUGAUCGUAGUAUGUUGUCCCUCCAGAGUGAUGUAAAGAAACUGUUGUUCCCCAAGAAAAAUUCUAAUCAAUAA